UCUUCACUCCUUUCUUCAUCGUUCCUCAACAUAGUUUGGGUUUGGGUCAAAUUUAGGGCUAAAGAGAUGCUGAAGCAAAUGCUAGCUUGCUGCAAAGUGUAUGUAUCCGAGAGCAGAAACAAGGCCGCUCUGGAAGCCAUUGAAAUGGCAGCAAAGCUGAUACCAGAGGCCCCCAUUAUCAACAAAUUUGAGGAUGCCACUUACAAUAGAGUUGGAUACACGCUUGUAUCUCAAAUUGGGCAGGGCCCGGAUUCGUCUCCGCUGAAAAAUGCAGUCUUUGAGAUGGUGAAGGCUGCAUUUGAGGCCAUUGAUCUUGGUUUGCACUGUGGGAGUCAUCCGAGGCUGGGUGUUGUGGACCACAUUUGUUUCCAUCCGUUGAAUGGCUCAUCUUUGGAUUGUGUUGCAGGAACUGCAAAGUCUCUGGCUGCUGAUGUUGGUGCUGGGCUGCAAGUCGCUACCUUCUUGUACGGAGCUGCACACGCUGAGGGAAGGUCCCUCGACACGAUCAGAAGGGAGCUCGGCUACUUCAAGCCGAACGCAGAGGGGAAUCAGUGGGUAGGCAGCCUCCAGUCCGAGGCACUGCAGCUGAAACCCGACGAGGGCCCUCCUCAUGCUGUGAUGAGGAAAGGCGUCGUUGUCAUUGGAGCCACAGAGUGGGUUGACAACUACAAUGUCCCCAUUUUCUCGACCGACAUGGCUGCUGUUCGGAGAAUAGCAAAGAAAGUCAGUGGCAGAGGCGGCGGGCUUCCAUCCGUGCAGUCCAUGGCUCUUGCUCAUGGUAAAGGGAUGAUCGAGGUGGCGUGCAACCUGCUGGAUACGAGCAAAGCUGGUGGCGAGGAUGUGCAGCAAGCAGUCGAGCGGCUCGCCCGGGAAGAAGGUAUGGAGGUUGGAGAGGGAUACUAUACUGAUCUUUCACAGAGCAAGAUCAUUGAGAGUUAUUUUAAGUUGGCUAAACUUGCUUCCAAGUAGAUUUGCAGAAUAAUAAGAAAUUGCAGUUUGGUAUAUUGCUUGCUUGUGUAAUGAUUUUCAUAAUUCUAUUUUUGAUUCAUUCUUCAAACAUUCUUGAAUUUGAAUACUAAUACUAUUUUACGUUGUA